UAUUUGCUCGUUCUGUUUUUUCCUCUCUGAACCCUUCCCAAUUCUACGAUGAGAUCGCUAGAAUUUCGCACAACUCUUCCACUCCUCUUCCUUUUCUUCGUCGGAGUUGCCGGUGGCAGCGGCGGUCAAUGGGUGGUGCUUCAGCGGAGCAUUGGGGUCUCGGCCAUGCACAUGCAGCUUCUGCACAACGACCGCGUGGUGGUAUUCGACCGCACCGACUUCGGCCGCUCCAACCUCUCGCUCCCAUCCGGCGGCGGCUGCCGCCGAGACCCCCACGACCGGGCGCUCCGCCUCGACUGCACCGCGCACUCCGCCGAGUACGAAGUCGCGACCAACACCUUCCGCCCCCUCACCAUUUCCACCGACACAUGGUGCUCCUCCGGAACCGUCGCCCCCGAUGGAUCCCUCGUCCAGACCGGCGGCUUCAACGACGGCGAGCGCGCCGUCCGCACCUUCCGCCCUUGCCUCAACCGCACCUGCGACUGGGUCGAAGUCUCGCAGGCCCUCGCCGUCCGGCGGUGGUACGCCACCAAUCACAUCGUUCCCGACGGCCGCGCCAUAAUCGUAGGCGGUCGUCGCCAGUUCAGCUAUGAGUUCUACCCCAAGACUCACCCUUCAGACAUGACCGCCGUUGUGCUCCCCUUCCUUCGCGAGACCAGAGACGCCGCCGAGAACAACCUCUACCCCUUUGUUCACCUCAACCUCGACGGCCACCUCUUCAUCUUCGCCAACAACCGGGCCAUCCUUCUCGACUACACCAAGAACUCCGUCGUGAGGACCUACCCGACCAUGCCCGGAGGCCACCCCCGGAAUUACCCGAGCUCCGGUUCUUCUGUUCUGCUCCCGCUGGAGCCGUCGCCGAAGGAGGCCGAGGUCCUCAUCUGCGGCGGUGCGCCGGCUGAAUCCUACGCCCGGUCAGUGCUGAAGCAGAAACCUUUCCUCCGCGCGCUCGACACGUGCGGGCGCCUCAAGAUCACAGACGCCGCCCCGUCGUGGACCAUGGAGACCAUGCCGGUGCCGCGGGUCAUGGGAGACAUGGUGCUGCUCCCCACCGGUGAGGUGCUCACCAUCAACGGCGCCAAGUCGGGGACCGCUGGAUGGGAGCUCGCCGGAGAGCCGGCGCUCACUCCCGUUCUCUACCGCCCGGGGAGCCCGCCUGGAACCCGUUUUAACCCCCAGAGUCCGUCGACCACGCCGCGGCUCUAUCACUCCGCCGCGGUUUUGCUUCGCGACGGCCGCGUGCUCGUCGGCGGAGGCAAUCCCCACAUCAGCUACGACUUCUACGGAGUCGAGUUCCCGACGGAGCUCAGCCUGGAGGCCUUCUCGCCGCCGUACCUGAGUGCGGAGAACUUGGCGUCACGGCCGCGAGUAAUGGUCCCUGUUUCGUCGUCCCCGAUCAAGCUGAGCUACGGGGAGCGAUUUAUCUUGCGAUUCACGGUGGCUGCGUCAUUGAGACGUGUGCGUGUGACGAUGGCGGCCCCAGCCUUCGCGACGCACUCGUUCUCGAUGAGCCAGAGGCUGCUAGUGCUGGAGACGAAGGUGGAGAAAACAGAGGGCGGCGCGUGGCAUGCGGUGGCUGUGGCUCCGGCGUCGGGCGUUGUGGCGCCGUCUGGUUAUUAUAUGGUGUACGUGGUAAACGGAGAAGUACCGAGCGAAGGCGUGUGGUGUCACAUACAUAGUGACGGCGCCGACGCUGCAUAA